ACCCCCAGUGGUUUCCAUUGCGUUCAGCAGAGAGAAAAAGAUUUGAGUUCAGAUCCCUCCCUCUGGGCUCCCCGAGGCGGCAGAACGGUGAAGGAGCCGAUCCCGGCGAAGGCAGCGGGGAGUGCCGGGCAGAGAGGACCGCGGCGGGAGCGGGGAGCAAAACGACCGCACCGGGGCUGUGUUCCCGCCCGCUGAUUGAUCGAUUCGGCCUUAAACCAUUAAGCACUCCAAAAACGGGAAUUUACAGCGGCAGCGGCGGCUCCACGUGUGUCAGCCUGGGACCGCAGCGGCGGCGGAGCCCGGAGGCGGCUCCAGCCCAGGGUGCCAUCAGCGCGGCUGUGAAGCUGUGCCCGAGGCCGAGCUCCCAAAGGAUCUGCCAGCAGCACUCCUGAUGUGUCAGGAGCAAGGUGCUAAUUGUUCCAGGCAGAGAGAUGCUGGCUGUGAGCAGGAGGAGAGUGAACUCUGCUCCAUUCGUGGAGUUGCGAAUGAGCCCCAGCAUCCCCAGCAGGGACCAGCAGCCGCGGUUCCACACCUGCCUGGGGCACAAGAAGCCUCUUGGCAUCAGCAGGGGGAUGCCACUUGUGAGCGUGCAGUGAGUGCAGAUGUGGAGAAUGGAUUCUGCACCAGUGAUGGGAGUGUGAGAGAGCCCCUGGCUCCCCAGGGCACAUCAGCAACCAAGAAUGAAGACAAAAGGAACCUCAGAAGAUUCCUGGGUCAAUGGAUCAGGGGCCAUCCCGUGGGCACGGCGGUGCUGAUUCUGCUGCUCCUGGUGCUGGUGCUGGCUUUGGGGGUGGCCUUGGCUGUGCUGGCAGCACCACAGGUUCCAGUCACAGCUGCGACUCCGCUGUUGGUUCUGGGCUGUCCCUUUGACUGGGUUGGCUACAAUGGGGUCUGCUACUACUUCUCCAGGGAUUACAGCACCUGGGAGCAGGGUCAGGAACGGUGCUCCGAGCUCGGGGCCUCCCUGGCCAUUGCCAAGGAUGAGGAGGCCAUGGAUUUGCUCUUCCGCCUCCGCGGGAACGUCGAUUUCUGGCUCGGGCAGCACAGACGGGGCGAGCGCCUGCACUGGGGGGACGGCAGCAGCUACAGCUCCCGGGUUCCUGUCCUCGGCAAUUCCCAGUGUGUGUACCUGGCUGACAAGAGAUUGAGGAGUGACAACUGCUCCAAUGAGCGGCCGUAUCUCUGCAGCAAGGCCCCAGCUCCCCUGUAACAGGGGCUGCAGAAAGGAGCUUCUCCACACUGGGCAGUGCCAGCUUCACCUCUGAGCCCAGCACAGCGCUGUCCUUCCUCAGCUGCACCCUGUGCCUUGCCCUUCCUCUCAGGGUCACCUCAGUGCCUCUUCAUGCCCAGUGCCAUGGGCUGGGGCUGCAAAGGAAAAGUCUCUGCAAUCCAUCCUGCCACCGCUGCUGCCUGCAGUGAGUGCAUUGCCCUCAUUAUAUGCAGGAAACAUGGCUCACUAUUUGCACUUUUUAUAAAAGUUUAUUAAGGGUUAAAGUCCCGCCCUGGGAUGCUUGUCUGCUUGCAUAGGGUUAACUUAAACUAUGUUUUCUAUUUACUGUUACAUAUUAGAGCUACAUGCAUAUUUAUGCGAGCUUUUAAGAAUUCAAAACUAACUUUCAAUUUAUAUGCUGUUUUGGUUCUUUUUAACUUUUGACUUGUCUUCAGGCCAUGUUGUACCUUAAACUAAUAUAUUUAAUUUUUUUCUUGUGGUUCCAUCUUUUUGUAUUUUCACUCCCUGAUAACAAGGGUCCAUAAAAUCUUUUUAUUUCCCAUG